GAGCUGAGAUAUUUUUAAUUUUAAAACUAAUAAAUUAACUAAGGAUACAAUUAUUCUAACAAACGCUAUGUAAUGCUUGGUUAGACAUAAUUGCUGUCACGCUAAGUUGAUUGCCUAUUUUUUCAAUCUGCGGUAGUUAUUGUAGGCAGAAUUCGUGAAAACCUUGGCAUUAUUAUCCAUCAGAACAAUUUUAGAUAAGAUUCGAUUGCUAGAAAACAGAAAGAAACAUUAUUGAAGAUGCACAAAAACAAAAUGAGGUCAAUGUGUUGUAUAGCAUGUUCAUAAUCAAAAAUGAGUGAUCUUAGGUUCAGUUCCUAUAGAUCAGACAACUUGUAUAUUCCGGCUGAACAGGAACAGUAAGAAACUUUUUCAAGAAUUCAAAAAUUGUAGACGUUAUAUUAAGAAUGCCUAAAUAAAUCAACUGAAUGUUAAAAAUGUCUGAAAAUCAACAAAACCAAGAUCAAAAUUUAGAUUCUUCAAAGUUGGAUGAUGAUGAUCAGCAAUCAGUUACAACUUCUAGACCAGCAUCGCGUGGUGAACAUCACAGUCCAACACUUAGUGCUCAAGGAUCUCAAAUAAGGACAAGUUUAAGGAAAUUAACUCAAGAGAAAAAAGCAAAGAAAAUCAAUUUUUAUCGAAAUGGUGAUCGUUUUCAUAAAGGUUUAUUAUACGUUUUAUCUUUGGAAAAAAUUAGAUCUUUUGAUGCACUUUUAGAAGAUCUUACAAGGUUAUUAGGAAAUCAUGUUAGUCUUCCUAAAGGUGUACGUUAUAUUCUUACAAUUGAUGGAAAAGAAAAGAUUUCAUCAUUAGAUCAGUUACAUGAAUGGGAAAGUUAUAUAUGUUCUUCUACUGAUAACAUUGUAAAACUUAAUUAUGGCAAGAAAGAAAAAAUUGAGAAACCACCUCAAUCAAAUAGUAUACGAAAGCCAAUUGAAAAUAUUGUAAUUCAGAAAAGUGAACCAUCAGUUUCUUAUUCGGAAAGUGGAACAAAAGAUUUGCGUAGUUUUAUCCAUCCAAAAUUAAUUACAGUUAUCAGAAAUGGUGUAAAACCUCGUAAAACUGUAAGAAUGCUAUUAAAUAAAAAAACAGCACAUUCAUUUGAACAAGUUCUUGUUGAUCUUACAACAGCUAUCAAACUAGAUACUGGAGCAGUCAGAAAAGUUUUCACUCUUAGUGGAAAACAGGUUUUAACUAAUAUUUUGGAACUUUCUAAUUCUGAUAUGGAAGAUAACACAAUGUCAGUGAUUAAAAUAAGCAAAUGGAAAUACUUAACAGGUAGCAAUAAAAAUAUCACAAAGAAAAGUAAAACUAGUACAGGAAAUGUUCAAUCGCCUACACCUUCCAAACGUUCACCAGGAAGUAGUACUCAUAGUUCUCAAGCAGCCUCACCAAAGCCUUCCAGACGUUUAUAUCCAAGUGUAAUCAUGUUAUACAUGAGUGCAAAAUUUUAUGAAAAUCAGCCAUUGGCAGAACUGGAGGUUUCCUUUUUAGGUUUAAGAAUUCCUACAUGUAUAACUAGAAAUGACAUAAGCCUCUCCAAUCCCAAUUAUAGAGUUACUUUCUAUAUUUUUAGAGGUACGAAGUUAGAAUAUGCUUUAAAAAUUAUAGAUAAAGCAAAAUGUAAAGGAAAGGAACAUAUGAUAACAAGUGAGGUGGCUAUUCUGAGAAGAGUUAAACAUCCAAACAUUGUUCAACUUCUAGGUGAAUUUGAUUUUGGUAAUGAAUUAUAUCUAGUAAUGGAAUUAGUAAAGGGAGGAGAUCUUUUUGAUGCAAUAGCAACAGCAACAAAAUAUACAGAAAGAGAUGCAAGUGGCAUGGUAUAUAAUUUGGGAAGUGCGUUAAGAUAUUUACAUUCGCUUAACAUUGUUCACCGUGAUAUUAAGCCAGAAAAUUUACUGGUUAUGGAACAUGAAGAUGGGAGUAAAUCUUUAAAAUUAGGUGAUUUUGGACUGGCUGUUGAAGCAACAGAACCUCUUUAUACUGUCUGCGGAACCCCUACUUAUGUUGCACCUGAAAUUUUAGCUGAAACUGGUUAUGGACUUAAAGUAGACGUUUGGGCUGCUGGUGUCAUAACUUACAUUUUACUAUGUGGCUUUCCUCCAUUUUUUAGGGAAUUAAUUACACAAAUGUUACAGCUUCAUCCUGAUAGAAGAUAUAGUGCAACACAAGUCUUAGAACAUCCUUGGGUUGCAGAGGAUGCAAUGGCUCCAGAUUAUGACAUGCAUUCAACUGUUUCAAGAAAACUUAGUAUGCAUUUUGAUCAUAAACGUAAAUAUUGUUCUCAGUAUGCUGGUGUAGCUGUGAUCACUGCUACUCCACUUGACAAAGAACAGAAUUAUUUUCAAGCACAUUCCCGUUCUUCUCAGGCAUCACCAAGAUCAGUCUCACCAAUAGUUCUUCAAAGACUCCAAUUAGAAGAAGAAGUUUUCUAAAAGAAAAAAAAAAAACAAUUGCCUUGCAAUGUCAAUUGAAAGUGCUGAAUAUUUUGCUCAUCUUGCCUUAAGAGUAGAUAGCUUUUUUGCAUCUAAAAUGAAUAUAUUCUAUAUAUCCAUGUUAGAAAUCUGGUAGAAAAAUAAAUUAGUAGAUUAAUCCAGCCAUAAAUUAUUGUAAUAAUUAUAGGUUUGACAAAAGUUCCUAAAAAAAAUUAAUAAUUGCCACUAAAAAGUUAUUUGAUAAUUGAUUACCAAAAAAUGUCUAGAUUUAUGUAAUCGUCAAUGUUCUAAGCAUUUAGUGUCGUCUACGCUACCAACAAGUACAGUAAUUUAUAUAUCAGGAUAACAAAGAGGUUGUGCAACUUAUUUUGUAUAAGUAGAACAGAGUUUGGAAUAUAUUGAAAUUAAUUUCACUUAUACACUGUAUUAUGUAAAUUUAAGUCAAACAAAAUAUAAGUGGCACAUUUUGAAUAAUCUUUCUUACAAUUAAAGCAAUAAUUUAUUAUAGAUAUUUUAGCUAUUAGAUAAC